AUGACAGAGGCUGCUUUUCGGCCGUAGCUCUAUGGGCUCCCGCGUUCGAAAAGGAACCCGAAGUGCCGCCGCUACCCUUUCGCAAAGAGUGGUGUUUAAAGACAGUUUGCCGGCGGAAGGGAGGAAGGAAGGGGUUUCUCGAGGGGCGAGAGAUUUUAAAGGGGGGGACAAUAGCAGAGACCCCUCCCUUCGUUUUCCUGGAAGAGAAAUCGGUGCGGUCAGAUUCCUUGCACAGGGGAGGCUGAUGCCUGGAGGGAAAAACAAAGAGUGGUUCAGUGGACCGAGCUCUGGUCGCUGGAAGGCGCCCACCUUUGUCUUUCCAGGAACGGAGAAUCGGGCUUCUUUGGCGACGGUGGAAAGAGGGGGAAGAAAGAGGUCGAUCCCGACUUACGGCGACCCUAUGAAUAGGGAUUUCAUGGUAAACAGCAGGAGAAAGAAUUACAGGAAGCCAUCUGUGGUGUUAUGGGCAAAAGGCAUGCAGGAAACCAAUCAAAGACUGGAAGAAAUCCUGUACUUUACAUGGUACUGAUGACCGUGAACUCCUGAUCACACAGGAAGAUGACAAAGAAAAGAGAAAGAAAAAAUAUCCAGUGAAAAAAUAUCCAGAGAGAAAUCAAACCUAAUACACAUUACAGAACCUGCACAGGAGGGAGAGUAUGAAUGCAUGGAGUAUGAAAAGAGCUCCAGUGAUAAGGGAACAGUUACUAAACAUUUUUUUAAAAAAACCAUCCAAGGGAGAAACUUUAUAAAUAUAUUGAAUGGAAAUAAGCUUUAGUGUCUGCAGUAGCCUUACCUUAUAUGAAAGAACCCACACAGAGGAGAAACCACAUAAAUACAUGGAGUGUGGGAAAAGUUUCAGUUGGAGCUCCAGUCUUACCGAACAUCAAAGAACUCACACAGGGGAGGAACUGUUUAAAUGUAUGGAGUGUGGCAAGAGCUUCAGUCAUAAAACAAACUUUACAGCACAUCAGAGGACCCACACAGAGAAACCGUAUGAAUGCAUGGAGUGUGGAAAAAGCUUCAAGGAUAGUGUAUCACUAACUAAACAUCAAAGAACCCACACAGGAGGGAAACCAUAUGAAUGCAUAGAGUGUGGAAAGUGCUUUGGGUUGAGCCGUAGCCUUACUUUACAUGAAAGAAUCCACACAGGGGAGAAACCAUAUAAAUGUAUGGAGUGUGGAAAGAGCUUUAGGGUGAGCCAUAGCCUUACUUUACAUGUAAGAACCCAUACAGGGGAGAAACCAUUUAAAUGCAUGGAGUGUGGAAAGAGCUUCUGUGAGAGUAGCAAACUUAUAGUACAUCACAGAACCCAUACAGGGGAGAAACCAUGUAAAUGCAUGCUAUGUGGAAAGAGCUUCAGGGAUAGGGGAACACUUAUUAAACAUCAAAGAACCCAUACCAGAGAGAAACCAUAUAAAUGCAUGGAGUGUGGAAAGAGCUUCUGUCAGAGUGGCCAACUUACUUUACAUCAAAGAAUCCACACAGGGGAGAAACCUUGUCAGUGCAUGCUAUGUGGAAAGAGCUUCAGGGACAGUGGAACACUUACACAGCAUCAAAGAACCCACACUGGGGAAAAACCAUAUAAAUGCAUAGAGUGUGGAAAGAGAUUUAGUGUCAGCAGUAGCCUUACUUUACAUCAAAGAACUCACACAGGGGAGAGACCAUAUAAAUGUACGGAAUGUGGAAAGGGCUUCACUGAUAGAGGAACAUUUACUAAACAUCAAAGAAGCCACACAGGGGAAAAACCAUAUGAAUGCAUGGAAUGUGGGAAAUGCUUCACUGUAAACUCAGAUCUUAUUACACACAAAAGGAGACAUACAGGGGAGAGACCAUAUAAAUGCAUGGAGUGUGGAAAGAGCUUCUAUCAGAGUAGCCAUCUUAUUUUACAUCAUAGAACUCACACUGGGGAGAAACCAUAUAAGUGCAGUGAAUGUGAAAAGAGUUUCAGAAGUAACGGACACCUUACCCAACAUCAAAGAACCCACACAGGGGAGAAACCAUAUAAGUGCAUGGAGUGUGGAAAGGAGUUCAGAUACAUAUACCAGAUUGCUUUACAUAAAAGAAUGCACAUGGGGGAGAACCCGUAUAAAUGCAUGGAAUGUGGACAGUGCUUUAUUGACAGUCAACAGCUUAUUCAACAUGAAAGAAGCCACAUGGGAGAAACCACAUGAAUUCAUCGAAUGUGGAAUCAGCUUCAUUGCCAGCUGACAGCUAGUUCGACAUAAAAGCAUACACAAAGGAGAAAUCAUAUGAAUGCAUGUGGAAAAAGCUUCAGUCAGAGUGAUCUCUUUACACAUAAAAAGCUUCAGGUGGAAUCAACAACUUAUUCAACUUAGAAGUAUCCUCAAUGAAGAUAAAUGCAAAAGUCACAGCACAAACCUUACUGUCCAGAUAACAAGAGAGACAGCAGAAUCAAUCACUCUGUGGUUAAGGCUUCUGUGAUAAUCCUGGCCUGAGUAAGACUAUAGGCUUCUCCAAAUGACCUGUUUAUUCAGCAUUCAUGCUGAGUUGCUUGUCCAAAGCGUUCAUAGUGGUUCAACUGUGUCUGGUCUUUAUUGAGCAUUCAUGCUGAUUUGUUUAUGGGGGAGUUAUAUAACAAUCCUGAUUUACUUGUGGGAUAUUUACACAUUUUCCCAUUAACCGUUCGUUCAUCCCAAACUAUUCAGCGCUUUUCUUCAUCACUUUCUAAAUCUCCAAAAGUUGGGUUUUUAGGGGGGGGGGGAAACCCAGUGGACUUGUUGUGCUCUUGUGGAUCUCCUGUGACCGUCCACUUCUGCACAAGUUCAUACCAGAGUCAAUGGAGCAGCCCUAGACCACAUAACGAGGAUACCUAUAGUGGGCUUCCCAUAGGCAUCUGGUUGGCCACUGUUGAGAACAGGAUGCUGGACUAGAAGGGCUAUUGGCCAGAUGUAGCAGGGGCUCUUGUUAUGAUACCUCAUUUUUCCCCAGCCUUCCACUGAAGUGAAUACCCAACGCUAGUAACACGCAUGGAGUUUCACCUGUCAGAGGAAGGCACAAUGAGUACAAAUGACCCUUUUUCCCAGAUGGAGAACACUUAGAUUCUUGCAGCCUCCUCACUUCCCUGAGUGGGGCCCUGAUUUGCCUCAGCCUGGUUUCCCUUGGAGGAGGAAAAAGGGCUGGAAGAGACUUGCAGGGUUGUAGGUAAUAUCCACGCAAAGAGGGAUUGGGUGGGAAGUAUCCCUCCGUAACCGCAGCUACAAAUUUGUUGAAUCCCCAACAGCAUUUUGGGGAUGUCCAUAAGCGUGGAGAGAGCCAGUGUGGUGUAGUGGUUUGAGUGUUUGACUACAACCUGGGAGACCAGGGUUCGUAUCCCCACACAGCCAUGAAGCUCACUGGGUGGCCUUGGGCCAGUCAUUGCCUCUCAGCCUCAGAGGGAGGCAAUGGUAAACCCCCUCUGAAUACAGCUUACCAUGAAAACCGUAUUCAUAGGGUUGCCAUAAGUCGGGAUCGACUUGAAGGCAGUCUAUUUCCAUUUUUCAUAAGCGUGGAAAUAAAUUACCUAAUUAAUUAAUAAACUGUUAUUACAAACCCACUUUUCCUCUAAGGCAGCCUUUCCCAACCAAUGUGCCUCCAGAUGUGGUCCAACAACAUCUGGAGGCACACCGGUUGAGAAAGGCUGCUCUAAGGUAUUCAGGGUGGCACACAUGGUCCUGCUCAUUCUGGCCUCACGGCAACCCAGUGAGGUAGGCUGGGAUGAGAAAGAUUAUCUGCCCCAAGGUCACCCAAGCCACUACCCACUCGGUCUCUAAUAAUGGCCCUCCUUGCAAGAUCGUUGUGAGGAUUGCUCAAUUACUAUACUUUGAACCCUUUGCCUCUGUAGCAGUGCUUUCAGUGUUGAUGUUUGCCAAGCAAGGGGUUAAGGCUGAGCCAUGAGCAAGGCUGGCAGCACCUGUGAAGACCCACAGCACCUCUCAUCUGGACCAACCUUGCAGGAGAAGCGAGAUCCGCCUGGUGGCUUUGAUCUUUCCUUCCACAGCAGAGAAUCCAGUCAAACUCCUCAGAGGGCAUCCCCCCCCCACCUCUGGCAACAGCAGCUGCAAGUCCUAUUUCA